AUGGCCCACCUUCUUCCCUGGGACAGUGCCUUGCCUACCUUGCAGCUGGCUGUCUUCGCUGGUUUUGGUUCUUUCGUCGAUAAAACAGUGCUUCCCUUUGUGAGCACAGUGCCCUCCAAGCUGCGCCACCCCUGCCCCAGCCGGGUGGAGCGCUGCCAGUCGCCCUUCAGCUUUCACCACGUGCUGUCCCUGACGGGGGAUGCCCAGGCCUUUGAGCGGGAGGUGGGGCGACAGAGCUGCACUCUGCCAGGUGAGGAGGAGCAGAUUGGUUGGAGAAAUGUGUCCCGGCUGCUGGUGUUCACUUCAGAUGACACAUUCCACACAGCUGGGGAUGGGAAGUUGGGUGGCAUUUUCAUGCCCAGUGAUGGACACUGCCACUUGGACAGCAAUGGCCUCUACAGUCGCAGCCCAGAGUUUGACUACCCAUCUGUGGGUCAGGUAGCCCAGGCCCUCUCUGCAGCAAACAUCCAACCCAUCUUUGCUGUCACCAGUGCCACACUGCCUGUCUACCAGGAGCUGAGUAAGCUGAUUCCUAAGUCUGCAGUGGGGGAGCUGAGCGAGGACUCCAGCAAUGUGGUACAGCUCAUCAUGGACGCUUACAAUAAAUUGCUGAAUGCACAGGAGAAGUGA